AUGGCCACCAACUACAGUGCAAACCAGUAUGAAAAAGCUUUCUCACCCAAGUAUCUGCAGAACUGGUCUCCCGCCAAGCCAACAAAAGAGAGAAUUUCUUCCCACGAAGGCUACACUCAGUUUAUCGCCAAUGAUCGUGGCCAUCUGCUGCCCUCGGUGCCCCGUUCCAAGGCAAGUCCUUGGGGAUCCUUCAUGGGCACCUGGCAAAUGCCUCUGAAGGUGCCCCCCGCCCGGGUGACCCUGACCUCCCGUACAGUGGCUGGUGCUGCCUCCCUCACCAAGUGGAUACAGAAAAAUCCGGAUUUACUCAAGGCCUCCAACGGGCUGCGUCCUGAAAUCUUCGGCAAGCCUCACGACCCAGACAGUCAGAGGAAACUCGGGAAGUGGAUCACAAAGACCGUACCACAAGCACCAAGUCCCAUCAUAAUCCCAAACUCCCCACCUGUAAACCUCAGUUCCCCAGACCAACCCCAAAGCUCACACCCCUCUGCAGGUCACACUCCAGGCCCCCAAAGCCCAGCCAUCUCUCCCAAGAGCCCACCUGGGAGCCCACGCAUGCCGGAGCAUUGGGCAGGUCCAAAUUUAGCUGAGGUCCAGACGUACAAACCUGGAACUCCGGAGACACCCAGGGACCCCACUGAGAAAACCUGUCUGGAAACGGAGUGA